CAAAGUGGGCUUUAAACCUAAACUAAACGCGUUGAUGAAGAAGGAAGUUAGUUUUAGGGAGUUUGUCUGGGUUGGGUGGCAGAUGGAGAAGAAAGGAUUUAGGACGGCGUGAUUUUGGUUUGUCGAGUCAGUCGCAGAAAUAUUAAUGGAAAGUAGUCGGUGCAAGUUCUGGCUCCCCAAGAAGAACAGAUUCUGUGCAAACGUUCCUCUCACCAAUACCUUGUUCUGCGGUAACCACACCUCAAGAUCUGAUUCCCAGUGGAUUGCGUGCCCAAUCGACCCUUCUCACACUGUUCUUGAAGAAAAUCUCCAAGGACAUCUUAGAAGAUGCCCAUUACUGAAACAUGUUCAGUCCUUGUCUACCCAACCUUUCUACCAAAUGGGCACCAAUGCUGGCACAGACGAAGAAGAAGAAGAAGAAGAAGAAGAAGAAGAAGAAAAGGAGGAGAUAUUAUUCAGACCCAUGGGGGUCAAAGAUUGUACCCCUUUGAAUGACCUUUCUUCUUCUUCUUCUGGGCCAUUGGGGGGUAUCACCACUUCCGAAAUGAAGAGGAAUGCUGUAUAUACUAUGACUGCUACUCAACUCUCCGAAAUAAUCAGUAAAAUUCAGUCUGUUCAUGCAUCCAUAUGUAGAGAUAUUCAACACUCGUACAAGAUACCGAAAGCUUGUUCUGUAUGGAUUAAUCAACAAGUUGAUGGGAAAUUACCAUUUCAGGAGAAACACGUUAUGCAACAGGCAUCGAUUCUUGGCAACCUUGAAGAAAUUGGGGUGUUAAGGAAUUCCGGUGGGGACAUAUUAAGGGAUCAUUACUUAUGUGAUGAGUCGUUUGGUGAUGACACUACUGUCCCUGCAGUGGUUGAGUUUGGAGCCGGGAGGGGUUACUUGACACAAUUGCUCGCAGACUGUUAUGGAAUCAAGAAAGUCUUUCUGGUUGAGAGAAAGUCAUACAAGCUUAAGGCCGAUCGAAGUUUGCGGCAGAAAGAGAGGUUGAUAUUAGAACGUUUGAGAAUUGACAAACUUGCAACAAUGGCAAUGGCUAAUGAACGAGAGAAGGAGACCCAAACAAUUGGGAGUAAGAAGAAAGUUGAGGAUUUGAACUUGAAUGCUGUUGAGUCUUUGCAAGGAAUACGUUAUUUGGGAAUUGGUAAACACCUCUGUGGCCCCGCAACAGAUAUGACUCUAAGAUGUUGCCUUGCGGAACAACAACGUACUCGAGGUGAUGAUGCACAGUGCAGUGAAGGCUGUCACCUGGGAGGCCUAGCUAUAGCAACAUGUUGCCAUCACCUUUGCCAGUGGAAGCAUUACAUAAACAAGAAAUAUUUAACGAAUCUGGGGAUAAGCAAGGAAGAUUUCCAUGCUAUUACAUGGUUUACUAGCUGGGCAGUAGAUGCAGAUCAUAGUUCAGAUCUUUCUGGUGGUGUUAAUUGUGCAUCAGAUAUACAAAUCGUUGGGAUGGAAGAUUGUGGGAAGGAAGCGUUUGGAGGAGUAGAAGACGUUUUGAGGGAUAUGAAAGCUGUGGAGAGGGCUGUGCUUGGCUUUAGGUGCAAAGAUAUCAUUGAUAUGGGGAGGUUGAUGUGGUUGAAGGAACAUGAGGAGCUAGAAGAAGCUAAGCUUGUCAAGUAUGUCCCAUCUCAUAUCUCUCCUGAAAACCAUUUGCUCGUUGCCAAAGGGAGAUGACAUGAACCCCACCUGUGCAUGAUUUGCAUGGUGGCUGGAAGAUAUCUUGUUACUAUGGACUUUGCCCUGCCUAUUUGUUGAGAGAAGCAGAUGAUAUUGAGAUCAUAUAUGGUUUAUGGAACUUUUUUAUUUAUUAUUAAUAUUUCUAGUUUUCUA